AUGCAUUUUGGCCUUAAGAACGCCCCUCAGAUGUAUCAGCGCCUCGUGGACAACGCGUUGUAUGGAUUUUGGAAGAUCUCGCGAUCCGGCGACGCUGGGUCUACAACGGACGUGUUCCGGACCGGUAUCGCGGACGAUCCUGAUCGCGAGUCGGUGUUGGGACGGAGAUCACACAUCGACGACAUCAUGAUCGCAGCCGAAUCAUGGGAUCAAAUGUGCCGAAGAGUGGAAGAUCUGUUGGAAGCUUGUGAUAACCAAGAGCUUUUGGGCAUGGACAAGGUGGGAUAUCUGGGACACCGAGUGUCGAUCGGAGGUUUGGAGGUGAGCCCGAAAGACCUGAAAUCGUUAACCGAUCUGCCGUUCCCCGUAUCACUGCGAUAUAUGCAGUCAUUCCUGGGCAGUCUAAAUUACUACAGCCGAUUCAUCGAAGAUUACGCUAUCUAUGCCUCGGUACUCUACGAACUACGUGAAGUGGGGUUUGCAGAACUGGAGAAACGAUCGGAUCUGAGGGAGAUCUUGCACCGGAAUGACCCAAGCCCUCGAGAUCAGGACCCACCGGAACGGAAGUUGACGGGACCAGUGGACGAGAGGUGGAUCAGGGCACAUAGGGCCUUCAUUACCCUGAAAACCAAGAUCGCGACGACCCCAGUCCUCCGCCACCUCGACGAGACGAGAACACCGGUAGUUAUCGUAUAUGCCAGUGAUUGGGCGAUAUCCUCUUCGUUGACGCAAGAACACGACGGGAUCUAUCAUCCGGUGGCGUUUACCAGUCGCACCUUAAAGACGAACGAGUUGAAUUACAAUGUGACGGAGAAGGAGGUGUUGGCGCUGCUGAGGAUCUUGGAUCUCUAUUACAAUCUGCUGGUAGGACGCGAGAUCCGGGUCCUGACGAGGUACUCCACGUUGGCCUGGCUGUUCAAGUCGACGGGGUUACAGGGCCGCCUGGGACAAUGGUCUGCCCUUCUGGCCCCUUGGACACUCGAGAUCACGAAGUGCGCGAAGGGUGAGGAAGAGAUACUGGGGGCGAUCGCUGCUAGUAUCACGCCGAGGACGAAGAUCGACGACGCUCUGACCGAAAUCGCUCCCCGAAAAGAGCCUAAACGCCGGAUCCAGGCACCGAUACCCACUGUAGAUCGAGGCGAGAAAUUAUGGGUGAUCAGCUUUGACGGAUCUGCCCGAGUUAAGCGGGGUGGUGGCGCGUUCAGCGCGAUCGUGUAG